UCAAGGACUACUAAAAUAUAAAAGAUACAUAGAAUUUAUACAUUCCUGUCUAGUCCUGCCCUGAUGUAACUCUGCAAUUUCCUUUAUUACAUAGACUACACAUUAAAUGCUUUCCCUUUAAUAUUAGAGCUAUGCACAUUACAAUAGGUGUCACUGUGCUGCUGGGUCCAAUCGUUAUCAGUGACUUCAGCUAUUGGCUCAGAACACUGGCUGUCUGACUCCAUCUGCAGGGCUGUAAUACCUACUCUGUUCAAAUCCAUUCAACACACAAGUUCAGCCAGCUGAACAGCCUAGCAGUGCUACGGCACAUCUUGCUAGCCUAAUUCAAAAAGCCAGUGCGAUAGCUAGAUGCAUACUCUCUUUGCACAGUGUAGCACUUGGAGGUGAUUCAGUUUCAGGAAAUUUGGAAAAGAGCUUGCAAGUAAUUAAAACUGGGAGUCAUGAUGGAGAUGUAUUUAACAAGUCAAAUACUGGAUCAAACUUAAAGCCAGUUUCUUACUCGGUACACUGAAAAGGUCACCUUGUCUUGCUGGAAAAGAAGCAAAAUCUCAGCUUUGCUGCUUUUUAUUUAACAGCUUGGCUCCCACUUAAAUUUUCUUCAUGUUCUUACCUAGUUAGGCUAUCUAGCUAUACAAACAAGGAUACUCAUGGUAGAUGACAAGGGAAAGAACAUGAAAUGUCUCACCUUCUUCUUGAUGCUUCCAGAGACAGUCAAGAACAGGUCCAAGAAAAGCUCUAAGAAAGGAAACAGUAGCAGCAGCAGCAGCAGCAAGUUGCCUCCAGUUUGCUAUGAAAUCAUUACCUUGAAGACCAAAAAGAAGAAGAAGAUGGCUGCUGAUAUUUUUCCCAGAAAGAAACCAGCCAACACUAAUACAACUGCUGUCCAGCAAUACCACCAACAAAACCUCAACAACAACAACACUAUCCCUGCCCCCAAUUGGCAAGGGCUUUAUCCCACCAUCCGAGAGAGAAAUGCAGUGAUGUUCAACAAUGACUUGAUGGCAGAUGUUCAUUUUGUGGUUGGGCCACCAGGUGGGACCCAGCGGUUGCCAGGACACAAAUACGUCUUAGCUGUUGGGAGCUCUGUAUUCCAUGCAAUGUUUUACGGAGAGCUUGCCGAGGACAAAGAUGAAAUUCGUAUACCAGAUGUUGAGCCUGCUGCUUUUCUCGCCAUGCUGAAAUACAUCUAUUGUGAUGAAAUUGACUUAGCUGCUGAUACCGUGCUGGCCACUCUUUAUGCUGCCAAGAAGUACAUUGUUCCUCAUCUUGCCCGAGCAUGUGUCAACUUCCUAGAGACGAGCCUAAGUGCAAAGAAUGCCUGUGUGCUGCUCUCCCAGAGCUGCUUAUUUGAAGAACCUGACCUGACCCAGCGCUGCUGGGAAGUGAUUGAUGCCCAAGCAGAGCUGGCUUUGAAAUCUGAGGGGUUCUGUGAUAUUGAUUUUCAGACGCUUGAAAGCAUCCUCCGAAGGGAGACGCUGAAUGCCAAAGAAAUUGUUGUUUUCGAAGCUGCGCUUAACUGGGCUGAAGUUGAGUGUCAACGGCAAGAUUUACCUGUUAGCAUAGAAAAUAAACGCAAGGUCCUAGGGAAAGCUCUCUACCUGAUUCGCAUCCCUACCAUGGCACUCGACGACUUUGCAAAUGGUGCUGCUCAGUCCGGGGUGCUGACUCUCAAUGAAACCAAUGAUAUCUUCCUUUGGUAUACAGCUGCCAAAAAGCCAGAAUUAGAGUUCGUGAGCAAUGCCAGAAAAGGCCUUGUCCCCCAGCGUUGCCACCGCUUCCAGUCUUGCGCCUACCGCAGCAACCAGUGGCGUUACAGGGGUAGGUGUGACAGCAUCCAGUUUGCUGUUGAUAAGAGAGUUUUCAUUGCCGGCUUUGGGCUAUAUGGUUCUAGCUGUGGAUCAGCAGAAUAUAGUGCAAAGAUCGAACUUAAACGCCAAGGUGUUAUCCUAGGCCAGAAUUUGAGCAAGUAUUUCUCAGAUGGAUCCAGCAACACUUUCCCAGUGUGGUUUGAGUAUCCAGUGCAGAUUGAGCCUGAUACCUUUUAUACCGCUAGUGUGAUUCUGGAUGGCAAUGAACUAAGCUAUUUUGGACAAGAAGGAAUGACUGAAGUUCAGUGUGGGAAGGUAACUGUUCAAUUCCAGUGCUCUUCAGACAGUACUAAUGGCACUGGAGUGCAGGGAGGGCAGAUUCCAGAACUCAUAUUCUACGCCUGAGCAAAAAUGUUUCCAGAGGAAGAGUUUGGCCUGAAGUACACAUCUGGUUCAGACCUACUGAUGCUUAGCUUGUUAUCUGCAGCUGUGAUCAGUACAGAGAAUAUGUAAGUAAAAGCUGUGGAUAGUUACUGCUUGCUGGACUUGUAGCCUCUUUGGUGAUGAAAUUUAAAUGUAACAUUCAACUUUAACUGGAAGCUCUUAAGAGCAAGGAAGUUUCUAAAGCUUUGUUUGAGUCAGAUAUACCUACGCCCAUGACUCCCAGCCUGUCUUGUUGGCGUGCCCCUACUUGCAAUGGAUCAGCAGAUGGAUGCCCUCCCUCAUAUCUCCAAUGGAUUGUGCCCCCCAAUACACUGGAUGCUGCCUCUUUUGGUCCAUUUUCUCUUUCUGUCUCAGUUCUUUUUUCCUUCUUGUCUUUUUCUCUCUGCUUCUCAUUAUUUUUUGCUCUUGUUUUUUGCUCCCCAACUCUCCAGAGGGCUACAUGCUGCUCAGAGUCAGGGAAGGGACUCCACAAGGCUGGGCUGCUUUAGUUCUUACAGCUGAGCCAAGUGUUAUGGGGCAGAUAAGAGAAGCUUGUGUGUGAACGCGCAGCCCCAUAGAGGCAAGCCAGUCCCGUAUGUGGCCCGCUGUAUUGGGGAUGGCUGCAAGAGAAGAGAGGGAGGGUUGGCAGGCAACAUUCAAGGAGCCGCACACUGCUUUAUACACAGAUGCAGGAUCAUACUUGCAACCAGGAUGAACUGGGCUCAUGCGGCUUUUCCCACCAGCACCCUCUUGAGCUCCUCUGACUCAUUCCCUUAAGACUGGGAAAUACUUGUGUACACACAAACUGUGUAGGUGGCUUCGAAGCAUUUGCCCAUUUAACCAAAUGUUGCAAUAGUUAUACGGAGAUGCUUUUAAAAUUGCUCUCAUUUGGCCCACUACUAAAUAGCUGGGUGAUGAUAUCUAGCAUGAGACAAAGGAUAGGUUCAUUUCUUUUUCUUUUUCCAAAAUAGUCCUAGAACAUUUGGA